AUGCCGCCAAUACCUCAACCGCCUGUAUAUAAGCUCCCGCCGGAGCUACUGGUUCACAUCUUCGAGUUUCUCAUCCCGGACGAUAGCAGUCACUGGUCGUAUACCGCGGAGACUUGCCUAGACGAUCCGCGCGCUUUGUCGCAAGUGUGUUCGCACUGGCGCGCCAUCUCUUUGGACAUCAAGAGCUUGUGGACCACGGUCCCUAUCCGCAAUGAGCUCUGGGCGAGACUUUCCCUCGAACGCUCCAGGCCGCUACCGUUGGAGGUGCCCAUCUGGCUAGAGGGAGAUGAUCUGCAAGUCGCUGCGCGCAAAUCAUCGUUCUACUUUUAUGACAUUCACGAUGCAUUGCAAGCUGCAUUCUCGGAGAGCCACCGUAUACGUGUACUUCGCAUCGAAAUAUCGGCCUUGGACUACGGCAUCCUCGACUGGCUUGGGCGCAAACUGUUCACGUUUUUGACAUCCAGCGAGAUACCCACAUUGGAGCAUCUGGACGUGGACCUUAAGUGGUAUGGCGCGGCCCGAACCUACCCUUCUUUCCUGGGUCAACAGACACCAAACAACCUACGCCACCUGUCGCUGUGCGAUGUCGAUCAGGAUUAUCUUCCUUGUCCGCAUCUUUUCGUGGCCCCUCUCACCGCCCUUGAACUCGGUAGCGGACAAAUCUGGGAAUCCGUGGAGGAUGCGUUGGAAGCCCUCUCUCGCAUACCAACUCUUGAGAUCCUCAGAAUCAGACGGGCCGGUGAUGGUGACGAGGAGCGACUGAGCGCGAUACCCGAGUUCAACAUAUUUGAACUCGCUCUCGGCGCUCGCUCCGUAUCCCUUCCCAAGCUCAAGACGCUGGAUUUGUACGAAACGAUGGAACUCAUUGCAUGCUUGAUGAAAUAUCUGGCCAUACCAACAUCCGCGCACAUUCGGCUCCAAGCCAUGCAGAACCCCGAAGACGAAGGAUUCGUCCUCGACUUUGUCAAUAUCAUCGCUUCCGCUCUCAGCAGUCAUCACGAGAGCGUCAUGAAGGAGGGACGUCCUUUCCGCGGUCUAUAUAUGGACAUGACAACUUGGAAAGACGAGCGCCGUUUCGUCAUAGCCGCAGACCACUCCCUUCGUGACCAAGAUCUUCCGGCCUCACGGCGGGCGUGCCUCAUCCCCAGUCUCGACAUGCAUGAAAUAUUUAGCCCGCAAGAGCUACCCUUGAGCCUCAGCCUGUGUGACGACGACACCUCUGCGACAAGAAUGGAGCUCAUGACGAUUUUCGCGAAUCUCCCGUUGUUCAAGAACGUGUGCGCCCUGACGCUCACGGAGCACCAUGAUGACUCGCAGGACAGCGAGGACAUCUUCGAGUCCAUGGCACCUGCCGAGCUGGGGUCUAUCAUGCCGCCGUUGAGCGGCAUUACGGUCGCUCACUUUUAUGGCUAUACUGCUAUACAUGCCUUGGGGGCAUUCGCCGAUGGGGCGCUCGGUGAUACCACAUACCUCAGCCUUGUCGUCGACAUCACCAUUGAAGAGGUGUCGUUUAUCCCGCCAUCCGCAGAGAGUAAAACUGUAUACAUACCGUUUGAUGAGCUACUCCUUGCGUUGAGGGAGCGGACACGCGGGAGAGGGCCCCGGCGUACCGCCACUCUGGAAUGCCUUGAGCUCAAGUCUUGCGACAUCGACGAUGCUCAGGUGGCCCACUUGCGUCGGGAGUUCGGUGGGAUGCAGCUGGUAUGGGAUGGUCUGAUACGCGGCACGCAAGAAUCCCAGCAGAGGGCCAUGUGGGAUUCGAUCAACAUGUCAGCCGAAUGGGACGACUUGGAGAAGAGCUGA